AUGGGGUCAACGAGGAUACGUGAUGGAGCGCUGAAGUUUAUGCGGGUGAGUCGUCGAGUUGUGGUGGGGUCUGACCGACUCUGCUACCUGCGGGGCCGUUCGGGCUGUUUUGCCUUCUUUUCCUCCACUGAUGCCCAGGGCUUUGGCUCCCCCUCGGACAAGGAGCACUCGCGCCUCCUCUUCAACUUCAGCCGCAGAUGGAUCUACGUCUGCGCUGUUCCGCUCAUGUUCUCGACCACGCCGCCCGUCUUCAUCCCGCUCGAGUGUGAGAUUCCGUUCGAGGACAUCGCUACCGGCGGUGUGCACGUUGUUCGCAUGGCUCCGGGGAAGGAAGGUGGAACGCGAGUCACAAUGACCAUUACAACGAGGCGGCCUGCCCGAUUCUACUGCAAGAUCAAGAACAAAGCGAUCAUGAGGCGGGCGACUGAACGCGACUUCGUGUUCUCAUUGGGGCCGAAGGAAUCGACACCCCUGAACAAAGGAUAUAUCAUCCGAGAGGGCCAUGCCGGGCCCAUCGAGGCUGUGUCGGACGAACCGUUCUACGUGCCAGCUAGUGCCUGGUUGACAUGGCAGUUCGACCUUGUGCUGUCGAGGAUGGAUCUGCAAACGUUGCGGGACGUCGUUCUGCGUUUGGGCGUUGAGGGGAAGGAGGAAGGUCGAGAUAUGCUCGCAGCUCACGCCGGCGAUCGGCGCGUGCGCGUUCCCGUCGCGGAGAACGCAGGCUACGCGGACUUGUCACGCCUGGCGGGCUAUGGGUUCAAUCUGCGCUAUCUACUGGAAGGUCUCAUCACCCAUGGAGUCGUUAUACCUUCUGAGAUCGCGGAGCUCGGGGAGUGUCUGGAUAGGCACUGCGAGGGUGACGACGAGAAGGCGGCUCGCGUGCUGCGCAGCCUCUACAACGAGGAGCGUGUGCGGAACAUUGAUGCAGUCGUUAUGGAAGUUGAGACAUCUACGGACGCAAUCAGGAACCACCUGUCGUUCUCAGACCGCUUUCUGCGAGUCGAGUUUAUCGACGAGGAGGACGGGUUUCAAGUUAAUCCCACGGUGCUGGAGGCUGAUCAGAUGGAGCCUGCGGAAGGCACGGUCGCUCGGGUCCGCCGGGCCAUGAUGAACGGGCUCAACAUUGCUGGGAGACACUAUGUCUUCCUCGCAUACGGGGCGACCUCAGCUAGGCAACAGAGCUGCUGGUUCCUCGCUGAAGAUCCCGCCAAAAACCUGACGGUCGAAUCUGUCAAGCGAAACUUAGGACUGGACUUGCUGCGCGACACAACUGUCGCCCGUUUCGUUUCCAAGAUGGCGAUCAUUCUUCCCGACAUUCUCCACGCGGAUCAGCAGGAGAAGGGAUAUUGCGAGUCUGACGCAGGUCGAACGGAGAUCUCGGCCGUUGAGGACAAGGAGUCCAUGGAGAACGUCAGUGAAGAAGUCUACUUCCGGCAGUCCCAGGUCAAGUACAGGACAGGAUCCAAGACCAUGGCGUAUGGUUUGAACAUCGUUGAGUUCAAGCGCGCGCACCUUAGUCGCCAGGCUGUCGUCAUCAUGAACCACCUGGGAGUGCCUGACGCGGUCUUCGAAAGUCUCUUCAUUUUGGCCAUGCGCGAGGCUAGAGGCCUUUUGAAGCGUUCGGCGACGGCCGGGCUGCUGAAAGAGGGUCUCAGUCUCGUGUCUCAGCAUACCCACUUCCCCGUCAGUGAACUGUACUCUUUCGGCUUCAAGACGGACCCCAUGCUAUUGGACAUCUGUCGCGCUACUGCUGUUCGCCUCCUCUCCGACUACAGACACAACGCACGAUUGCAAGUCGAUCAGAGCGUCAAGCUGAUGGGUAUCGCGGACGAGCUCAACGUGCUCAGCGAACACGAGGUUUUCUGCCAGUACGAUGAUCCCGACAGUAGCGAUGGUCCGAAUGUCGUUCUCGGCGCGUGUGCGAUCAUGCGCGACCCUGUACUCCAUCCCGGCGACAUCCAACUCGUCCACGCUGUCGAUCGCCCCGAGCUCCACCACCUCAGAAACGUCAUUGUCUUCUCGGUCCAGGGCCAGCCGCUAUCCCGAGGUAAUCUCGCUGGUGACCAGUACUCCCUGAUCUGGGAUCCCGUCCUCAUACCGCCUGAGCAAGUCGAACCAUCUUCGUACACCCCACCUGAGCCGGCCACGGUUUCAAAGGUCACCGACAAACAUUUCCCGGAUGUAGGUUCAGAACGGGCCGAGUUGACGCAGAAGCUGAUGGCAAUUGUCGAGCAACUGUGCGACGCUCACCUCGCCAUCGCCGAUCGAUUCGGACCGCAAUCUGAGAACUGCAAGAUGCUCGCCGACGAGAUUAAGAAUGAGCCACCCUUCGUCCCGACAGACAUUCGCGUCGACCCCGAGAAGCAAAUUGAUCCUCGACUGGCGAAGUAUAAGCUGCCCGCGUCGUACCUGUUGCAUGCUUAUAAGCUCAAGCACGGUGUGAAGCAACUCAUGAAGCGCCACCGCUUGACUGAGACUGAGGUUGCCUCAGGCAUCGUUAUGCGAAACCCUCACCGGCGCAUGAGCACCGAGGAAGACACAGAAGCCUCUGUCAAGCGCACGUACGCCCGCCUCGCGCAGGAGGUGCACUCGGCAGCGACAAAGUUUUGGCUGAAGAAGAAGGACGCCAACAAAUCAGCGCUCGAGACCGAGCAGAUCUACGCCCUCGCUGCGUACCAGGUUACGUACAUGAGCGCGGUACAGCAGGAAGUGGAGGAGAAACUCGGCAUCAAGGACGUACUCGACACGCUCUAUAACGAGAGCGUCAUGCUUAGCGGCACUCCUGUGGAAGAGAACGUCCCGCUCAGAGCGCAAGACUCCGGUCCGCAGAUCACCCCCGCCCUCCCUAACGUCGCCCACCCUCAAGCCAAGUAG